AAUUCACGCUUGGAUGGUGGAUUAACAAGAACCUUGAAAUUCAGGAGAAAAAAAUUACGAAGUAUUAGAUUUUCACCCUAGUCUAGCAGCUUUGCUGCUCACUUAAACACAGAUGAAUGAAGACCCCAUUUGGAAAAACAGCAGGUCAGCGAUCCAGAGCUGAUGCAGGACAUGCAGGUGUAUCUGCCAGCAUGAUGAAGAAAAGGACUUCUCACAAAAAACAUCGAAGCAACGUGGGACCCAGCAAACCUAUUUCUCAGCCCCGGAGAAACAUUGUAGGAUGUAGAAUUCAACAUGGAUGGAAAGAAGGGAGUGGACCUGUAACUCAGUGGAAAGGGACAGUUCUGGAUCAGGUUCCUGUAAAUCCUUCUCUCUAUCUUAUAAAAUAUGAUGGAUUUGACUGUGUUUAUGGACUAGAACUUCAUAAAGAUGAACGAGUUUCAGCACUUGAAGUCCUUCCUGACAGAGUUGCAUCAUCUCGAAUCAGUGAUGCCCAUUUGGCAGAUACAAUGAUUGGAAAAGCAGUGGAACAUAUGUUUGAGACAGAGGAUGGCUCAAAGGACGAAUGGAGGGGAAUGGUUUUAGCUAGAGCUCCAAUAAUGAACACAUGGUUUUAUAUUACCUAUGAGAAAGAUCCUGUCUUGUACAUGUACCAGCUUUUAGAUGACUAUAAAGAAGGUGAUCUCCGUAUCAUGCCAGAUUCCAAUGAUUCACCUCCAGCUGAACGGGAACCAGGAGAAGUUGUAGACAGCCUGGUAGGCAAACAAGUGGAAUAUGCCAAAGAAGAUGGCUCCAAAAGGACUGGCAUGGUCAUUCAUCAAGUAGAAGCCAAACCCUCCGUCUAUUUCAUCAAGUUUGAUGAUGAUUUCCAUAUUUAUGUCUACGAUUUGGUGAAAACAUCCUAGAUGUCAUCAUGAACUUUGCCAAAUUUGUGGAACUAUUAAAUGUAAAAUUUGUAGACACAAAGAGACUUGACUGCUUUCCAGUUUAAUGAAAGCUUAAAUGUCCCUGCGAACCCACAAUCUCUGCCAGCAAAACUGUUUUGUUCGGAAUAGUACAGAUUUACGUGAACAUGACACAUUUUGUGUAAGGAACUUCUCCCUGUGUAUGAAGUCAAUAUAUUUGGCAGGAGGGGAGUUAAAGAAAAGAACAGCUACAAAUUCAGGCUGUGGAAAAAGUUAAUCUAGUAUCAUAUUCAAUAACCUAAAAACAUAAUAGAUCGUAACCAUUUCUUCCCCUUCAAUCUCGUACUCACAUGCAAGUGUAGUUUGAUAUUUUUUAUAUUGCCUUCUGUAAUUAAAUAUGAUUUUUUGGCUAUUGGCAGUCCUUGUUCUGAGGGUUGGGGCAAAGUUUAAAGAUAGGUCUAAAG